AUGACGGAGCCGUUGGUACGACAGCUUCAGCAAUAUGUGCCCAAUAUAGAAGUUGAAAUUGUAUCGCAAGGAGCCGAGGCUUUGGUUUUCCAAACCAGCACACAUCCUUAUAUAGAGCAUCCCUUUUUACGAAACCAAACCAAAUUCAUUAUUAAAUACAGGCCGCUGAAACCAUAUAGGCAUCCCAAAAUCGAUGCACAAAUUACCAAGAGCCGUACUAUUGGCGAGGCGAAAUUUAUGUGUAAAUUGAGCAAAUUGGGGAUACAGAGUCCCUCUUUGAUUUCGUGCGAUUUCCCUAAAGGGAUAAUAUGGAUGGAGUACUUGGGCCAAGCAUUGCCCAAUGGUGAAAUCAGCUCAUUUAAGAACUGGCUAUGGUAUUUGGAGAAGCAUGUAAAAGAUAUCAAGGCGUGCACCAGUGAUGAAGUGGAAAAAGUUUGUUUUGAUGUUGGGGUCUUGAUUGGACGUUUGCAUUUGAACGAUAUGGUACAUGGAGAUUUAACAAGCUCCAAUAUUCUCUUGCAGCCUGUAGAAACCGAAAACCAAACAAUACAAGCCAAUAAAGUUUCAUGGGAACCUGCGUUGAUAGAUUUUGGGCUCUCGUCAUUCUCGGGAUUACCCGAAGACAAAGCCGUUGACUUGUACGUGCUUGAGAGGGCGGUGGAUAGCACUCACUCUGAUUUCGCUAAACGCUAUAACGAGUGGCUCUUAAAGGGCUACGAAAAAGCUCAUAAUUUACAAGAGUUUGAAAAGUUUGGUAAAAAGAAACAUUUAGAGACGAUAAAGAGGUUGGAGGAAGUACGUCUUCGCGAAUUAGCAAUGGAAGCACAGAACAGAAGAGUUGACGCAACUUUGUUAAAAUCGAACCAAAAUAAAUUGGUUCGAAUAAUAGGUAAAUGUGAAUCUUAUGACACUAAUACUUACAAGGCAACGUUAUUGUGUAAUGGACCAGUAACGCUAGAUUUAUCUCUGAGUGAUCAAAAGGAUCUCAUUACGGCGGGAAAAUAUUAUGAAAUAGUAGGUAAGAUUAGUAAUAAUCCUUCAGAUUUGAAAAUCCACGUGUACUCGGUGAUUGAAAUGAGUGAUAAUUUGAAUAUAAAUGCGGUUGAAAAGUUGGUGUCAUAUUGUCAAAAAGUUCCCGAGUUGUUUCACGAGUGA